AUGUUUAUUACGCCAGGCGGUGAAAAAGAAAAAAAGGAAAACCCUAGAUAUCCUGCAGAUUACAGAAGAAGGAUAUCUCUUUGCACUACUAAGACGAUAACCUCUGGUGCUGCUUCGAAAAGCACUAUGGAGGACGAUCGAGAGAGACCCUAUUCUGUUCUAACGAGAGAUGAAGUUAAAGAGAAGAUGGAGAAAAAGGUGGACGCUAUCUCCGAGAUCUUUUGCGUUUCAACAUCCGAUGCGACCGUGCUCCUCAUGAAUCUCCGAUGGGACUCGCGUCUGCUUUCGGAGCGUUUGAGCGAAGACAGGGAGAAACUCUUGACGGAAUCAGGUUUGAAACCAGUUGUGAUUGAUUCGAAUCGAGACUUGUCUGAUUCAGCAUACGAUGUGUUUUACGAGUUCGAUGACGAUGAUCACGAUGGUGAUGAGAAAAUCUCCACGCCCUUUUGUUCUCACGAGUUCUCCACACGUUAUUGGAGUGGGUACCUUGAGAAGAGCUUCUUCUCUCUGGCGAAAACCCUAACCGCAAUCUCUUGCCCUGAUCAAGAUUGCCGAGCUGCAGUUGGACCGGUCACGAUCGAGAGGCUAACGGCACGGGACAAGGAUGCGUACGAUGCGUACGUUCUGAGAUCUUAUCUCGAGGGAGUCAAGAAGGAGAUUGUCAAGCAGUGUCCUGCACCGGAUUGCAACAACGUCAUCAAGUUUCAUCGGUCGAGUGAUGUUGAGGAGCAUGGUGUAAACGUGGUGUGUCUCUGUGGUCAUAUCUUCUGUUGGCGAUGCAGCCUUGAGUCACACAGACCAGUGACCUGCAACAACGCCUCUGAUUGGUUGGCUAACUUGGAAAACUUGUUGGAGAAAUCAGACAAGGCAUUGAGCCGUUCCUGGAUCGACACCAACACGAAGCCUUGCCCUCAUUGCCUUUGUCCUGUGGAUCUUUCUGGUAUUGGAGGAUUCUACCGGUUCGUGACUUGUGCCUGCAGUGGUCGAUUCUGUUGUAAGUGUUUGCAGCCAGAGGAAUCCCACAAACAAGGGCUCUAUGGAUACUGCCCUGAACCGGAGAUACCAAAACUGGAAGAUUUGUGUUUGGAUAGCUGCGAGGAGGAGGAAGGUCCUGUAGAUUUGAGUGUGCAUAGCUGGGAGGAAGCUCAGGUCGCAAUGAUGGAUGCUAAAUCCCGUCUACAAGCUUUCGAGAAAUCCAUCAUCAUCGAGAAACCGAGUACCUUGACCGAGGAAUACAUAAGGAUUGUGAGAGAAGGGUUGAUGCUGAUUGUCCAAUGCAGACAAGUCCUUAAGUGGAGCUUUGUGUACGACUAUCUCCACACAGAGUAUGAGACGUCGAAGAAGGUGUGUAAGUCAUCCACCGCUACAAGCAACAUUGGUAACUACUUCUACCACUUCCUCAGGACUUUACAAGAUGGUUUAGCCGAUGUGAAGGUCAGGUCGUACGACAACUUUGGUGGUCCUUACUGGUUCUGCGAUCGCUGCACCUUUAAAAACGAUUGGCUUCGUAGGGCGUGCAAGAUGUGCUGUGAUCCUACUGCAUCUCCUGUGGAAGAGCCGCCAAUGUUAUCCGUCUCUCUUUGGUACUCUGUUGAUUAUGUGAUUCUGAUUUCUGUCUUUCCCAAGAAAUCAAUGGAGGACGAUCCACAAGGACCUUACUCUGUUCUAACGAGAGAUGAAGUUAAAGAGAAGAUGAAGAAACAGAUCGAUGAUAUCUCCGAAGCCUUUUGGGUUUCAAAAUCUGAUGCGACCGUUCUCUUCAUGUGUCUCCGAUGGGACUUGCUUAGGGUUUCCGAGCGUAUGGGGGAAGACAAGAACAAGUUACUGACAGAAUCAGGUUUGUGUUCAGUUGUAAGUGAUUCGAGUCGAGAUUUAUCUCAUUCAUCUUGUGGGACUUGCUCUACGAGUGAUGAUCAGUUUUAUGAUUUUGUUGAUGAUGAUAACGUGAAUGAUUCGAAUCGAGUUUUAUGUGAUUCAUUUUGUGGGAUUUGCUCUAAGACUUGUGACGGGAUUGAUGAUGAAGAUUUAAUCUCCACGCUAUGCUGUUCUCACAAGUUCUGCACAGCUUGUUGGAGAGAGUAUCUUUACAAGAACUUUUACUCUCUGGAGGAAAACCAAACUGUAAUCUCUUGUCCUGAUAAAGAUUGUCGAGCUGCGGUUGGACCGGACACGAUCGAGAAGCUAGCAGUACGGGAUAAAGAUAUCCACGAGAGGUACAUUCUGAGAUCUUACCUCGAGGACAACAAGGGACUGAUGAUCAAACAGUGUCCUGCACCGGAUUGCAACUACGUCAUUGAGUUUCAUGAGGCGAAUGAUGUCGAGGAGUAUGGCUUGAACGUGGUGUGUCUCUGUGGUCACACCUUCUGUUGGAGUUGCAGCCUUGAGUCACACAGACCAGUGACCUGCAACAACGCCUCUGAUUGGUUGUCUACAAAUGAAUCGUUGAGCCUUUCCUGGAUCAAAACCAACACCAAGCCUUGUCCUUAUUGCAAUCUUCCUGUGAAGCUGGAUGGUCGCCAGUUCGUGACUUGUUUCUGCAGGUGUCGUUUCUGUUGGAAGUGUUUGCGGUCAGAGGAAACACACACAAAGGGAUCAGGAUUCUAUAGGGCCUGUUCUCUACCGCAGACAACUAAGAAGGAAGAAGUGGAGAUUUCGUGUGUGGAUCGCUGGGAGGCGGUUCAGGUUUCAAUAGAGGAAGCUAGAUCCGACCUACGAGCAUUCGAUGAAUACAUCAUCAAGAAACCAAGUAGCUUAAAAGAGCAAGACAUUAGGGUUGUGAGAGAAGGACUAAUGCUGAUUGUUCAAUGUAGACAAGUCCUUAAAUGGAGCUGUGUGUACGAGUACUACCACACGGACUAUGAGAUGUCGAAGAAGGAGUACCUCCGGUUCCUGCAAGACAUUGCAUCCAAGGCUCUCCAGGGUCACUUGAAGACCUUACUAGAGGAAACAGAAGAAGCCUUCUCCGCAUGUACUUACGAAAACCUUUGCACGAUGAGGCAUAAGUUAUCCACCGCGACAAGCAACCUUGGUAACUUCUUCUAUCAUUUCAUCAACGCUCUACAAGAUGGUUUAGUAGACGUGAAGGUGAAGUCCUACGACAACUUCGCUGGUCUUUACUGGUUAUGCGAUCGCUGCACCUAUGGAAACAGUUGGCUUGACAGGGAGUGUAAGAUGUGUUUUGAAGCUUCUGAAUCUCCUUUGGAGGAGUUUAGUGAUUUAUCUCUUAAUUAG